GACGGAUUUGCCUACUGAUCCUCAUCAAACUGGCCCAUCAUGCCUCUCUUCGAUUCGUUAAACGUGGACUUUAAAGCCCAGAAAUGGGCCUUGUUCUUCUGCUCUGUGUCUGCCAUUGGAGCACUCGUCUAUGGCUACGAUAACACGUACUACAAUGGGGUCCUGGCCAUGCAGGAGUUUAAAAAUGACUACGGAGACCACUACGAGGAUGGCAAGCUGGCGCUGGCAGUCAGCUUUUCGUCACUCACCGCGUCAUCUAUAUAUAUCGGUGAUUUACUGGGUGCGUUGAUCUCCGCACCUAUCAACGAUAAAUGGGGCCGGAAGACGGUCUUUUUAUUCGCGUCGAUUUGUGUGCUCGGCGGUGGUAUCGCUCAAGUCGCAGAUACACAUUACGAAGGCGUCAUCAUCCUCGGUCGGAUUCUCAUCGGACUCGGGGUGGGCCAGUUUACCGUGACUUCACUUCUGUACACGGGGGAGGUGGCACCGGUACAGAUUCGUGGACCGGCACUGAUGAUGUACCAGUUUCUGCAGUCUUGUUCGCAGCUCGUGGCGUCUGGGAUCACGCAGGGGACACAGAGUAUUGAGUCGUCGUUGUCUUAUAAAUUGCCGAUGGGGGGAUUGGUUAUCCUGCCGCUGUUUAUGCUGGCUGGGUUGCCUUUUAUCCCCGAGAGCCCGGUUUGGUAUGUGAUGAAGGGGAGGACGGAAGAGGCGAAGCAGGCGCUUUGCAGGGUGCAUCAGAGCGAGGCUGGCUAUGAUCCGUAUGAUGAUUUGACUGUUCUUGAGGAAGCGAAACGGCGUGAAGAGGAUCAAGCUGAGUUUUCGUCGUGGAAAGCUCUUCUUUUCGAUCCUAUUGAGCGAACAAAGGUUAUCUGGUCUGCUGGAGCCAUGUAUGCGCAGCAGAUCUGCGGGAUUGUCUUCUUCUAUGUUUAUGGAGUCGUUUUCGCUCAGGCAAUCGGUAUUGAAGACCCUUUUGUCAUCCAGCUCAUCAUCAACAUCCUCCAGGUCUUCUCUGUCGGGGCGUCAGUCAUUACAGGUAACAAAAUCCGACGACGAACCAACCUCUUCGUCACCACGACAAUCAUGCUGGUGGCAUUCAUCAUCAUCGGGGGCAUCGGCACCAGACCGCUCACCACAUCCUCGCAGUACGUGCUAGUCAUCUUCUCGAUCCUCGUAACGAUGAACUACAACUUCGGCCUCGGCCCGUUGACAUACACCAUCGCCCGAGAAAUGGCCGUCGGCGUGAACCAGAAUAAAAUCAUGUCGACGUCUAUUGUCAUAUUCUACCUCACCACGUGGGUUAUGUCGUUCACCGCGCCGUAUCUCUAUUACACGGCGAAUUUGGGCCCGAUGGUGGGAUUCGUCUAUGCCGGGACGACUGUGACUUCGUUGGUGUGGAUUUGGUUCUGUGUGGGUGAGACGACAGGGAGGAGUGGGUUGGAGAUUUCCAUGUUGUUUGCUGAACGGGUUCCGGCGAGGAAGUGGAGGACGUAUGUUCUUCCGCAGGUUGAGGCUGUGGGUGCGAAGAAGGCUGCGAGUACUGUCGAGCAUGUCGAGGAUGCUCAGGCUGUAUAGUGAUGGUAGAUGGUGAAUCUAUUUUAGAAUUAUAAGAUCAUUCAACUUUCAGUGCACUGUGCAUAGUCAGUUUAGAGUCAAGUAUAAAAUGAUGAUUCAAAAAAGAGCAAAUAGAUGGUGUCUAUUCA